CCAGAACCCCAAAAUCUAGCUCCAGUUUCCAUUCGGAGUUUUAUUGUGACGCACCGUCACAAGAAUAACCGAUGUUUGGGUAUUCCAAUGUGACCAUUGUGUGGCUUGACAUCAUGAGGAUGGACUUUUUAUGAGGAUAACAUUGGUAGCUUUGAGCAGCAUAGUGUCCCAUCAUGUUGCCAGGGGCAGUACGUCACUCAGUCCCUCUGUGGCGCUCUGCUUUGGCCUGCUUGCAGUGUGAGGCAGGGCCAGGGAGAUGGCUGCUGAGACAGGUCCUGAGGAGAGCCUACACCUCCACAAGAGCAAGGCAGGCUGCAGCAGGGGACAGUGCCCCUGUGUUUUCCAGAGCCCAAGUGUACAGGGACAAGCUGGCCAUAGUGGACGACAGUGGGAGCCACAGCUACAGGGACUUGUACGGCAGUAGUAGGGGCCUGGCUGGGCGUAUCAAGGCAGCUCUGGACUGUCCCUCUGGGGACCUGCAGGGGAAGCGCAUCUCCUUCCUGUGCGCCAACGAUGCCUCGUACACUGUAGCCCAGUGGGCAUCCUGGAUGUGUGGCGGAACGGCCGUGCCUCUCUACAGGGAGCACCCUCCGUCUGAGCUGGAGUACAUCAUCUCUGACUCCCAGAGCUCCCUGCUGGUGGCUGGGCAGCCGUACGCAGACACCAUGGAGCCCCUCGCCCACAGACUGGGACUGCCCUACCUGCAGCUGCCCCCCACCUCCAGCCUCAGCUCCCUGCUGGAAGCCCCAGAGACCCAGCCUGAGCCUGGCAUCACAGACUGGGCCCAGCGUCCUGCCAUGAUCAUCUACACCAGCGGCACCACAGGCAGGCCCAAAGGGGUUCUCCACACUCACAGCAACAUUCAGGCCAUGGUUCAGGGUCUGGUGUCAGAGUGGGGCUGGUCCAGAGAUGAUGUCAUCCUUCACACCUUGCCCCUGCACCACGUCCAUGGCAUCGUCAACAAGCUGCUCUGCCCUCUCUGGGUGGGUGCCACCACCGUCAUGCUGCCUACCUUCCAGCCUCAGAAGGUAUGGGAGGUCCUGCUCAGCUCCAAGGCUCCUAUGGUGACUGUGUUCAUGGCUGUUCCAACCAUCUACUCCAAGCUGAUCCAGCACUAUGAGCAGCACUUCACCCAGCCACGCGUCCAGGACUUUGUCAGGGCUGCCUGCAAGGAGAGAAUCAGGCUGAUGGUGUCUGGCUCGUCCGCCCUGCCCCAGCCCACCCUGCUACGCUGGGAGGAGAUCACAGGACACACCCUGUUGGAGCGCUACGGCAUGACAGAGAUAGGCAUGGCCCUGUCCAACCCCCUGAAGGGUCCUCGCAUCCCAGGUGCAGUCGGUGUCCCUCUUCCAGGAGUGGAGGUUCGUAUUGUCAUGACGAACGCAACCAGCACCACCAUCGCCGAGGGCAACAGCAGAGAAACUCAGGUGCGUCCAGGGUUGGAGGGGAAGGAGGGGGAGCUGAUGGUGCGAGGAGACCAGGUCUUCACAGAGUACUGGAACAAACCAGAGGCCACCAGGGAGUCUUUCACUGAGGACGGCUGGUUCAAAACGGGGGACACAGCGGUCUAUAAGAAUGGAGUGUACUGGAUCAUGGGCCGCACCUCAGUGGACAUCAUAAAGAGUGGAGGCUAUAAGAUCAGUGCUCUGGAGGUGGAGCGACACCUGCUAGCCCACCCUGAUAUCACAGAUGUGGCUGUGAUUGGUGCUCGGGACGCCACCUGGGGACAGAAGGUGACAGCGGUGGUGCAGCUGAAGAGGGGGCGGAGCAUGACCCUGUCAGAGCUGAAGACCUGGGCCAGAGAGCACAUGGCUCCAUACACCAUCCCUACAGGCCUGGUCCUUGUGGAGGAGAUGCCAAGGAACCAAAUGGGGAAGGUCAACAAGAAGGACCUACUCAAGCACUUCUUCCCCAGCUAACUAGUAGAGAAGCCUGCACCUCCUUCACGGCCCACCUCCUCCACGACACCUCCUUCCAGCAGGAGCAGAGACCCUCCUCAUACUACAGUAAGCC